GCCUCCCUUUCACUUCAACUCGUAAUGAUCUCAUAGUCUGUGCACUCAAACAACAAACAACAUCCCAUCGGCGAGCGAACACGACUCGAGUAGAGCUUCCCCAGGAUAUCAAACUCGAGCAGUCGACCCUAUUGCAUACUAGACUACAGUCCGGUACGGAGGCAAGAUGUCCAUAUCAGCUUAUCUCGCAGCUUUUGGCAAGGCGUCGCCAGCAACGUACGCCCUCGGCACCGGACUCCUCGUCACAUCAUCUCUCUUCUUUGGAAACAUCGGGCUGUCUCUCACCGGGCCUCUUCCUAUCAUCAGAGAUCAACUUGGCGCGUGCACUCUGAGUUCGAAGCAGAAGAUCAAAGUAUGGAGACUCUUCUUUGACGAAGCCUCUAGAUACAUCAUCGGCGGCACCGGCGUGACAGCGACACUUCAUCUGGCCGCCUUCGCACUGGGUGAAUCGCCCGUAUCCCGAAGGCUUGCCGUCAUGUCGGCGCUGUGCAGUAUAUGCAUCCUGCCGUACACGCUCGUCGUUAUCAUGCCCACCAACAACAGCCUCAUCGCCCUGGACGACAAGGUGGCUCUAUCGGAGCUGGACAGGAAAAAGGUCGGGUGGCUGAUUGAGAAGUGGGAUCGGCUGCAUAAGAUCCGCUUCCUGAUGUACGGAUGUGCGUGGGCUUUGAGUCUUGCCGCGUUUACGUCUUCUUUGUGAGCUGGAUCUUUGGAGGACUGGAGUGACGAGAUACUAAAGAUAGCUGGUUAAUCGUUGCGUUUCUUUUGUCUUCGUUGUUUUCGGAUGGGUUAUAGGUUUGAUGAUUGGCAA